AUGGACCCACCGUCGCUGCUGCAGUCGCUCGACAGGGCGCCAGACCCCCGUCCCCGUGUGGCCGCGGCUCUGGAUGGAGCUGGCGCCGUAGCCGACGCCGGCACGGGUUGCCGCCUGGAAUAUGUGCUGGGCCUGGACAUGGCCAGACGGCACAACAUGGUGGCGCUCGACGGCGAGACGCUUGCGCUCGCUGCGGGCGGCGCACUGCUGCUGCUGCACCUCCCCAGCAUGACGCAGCGUCACCUGAGCUCUCGCGACGGCGGCGGCAUCGGCGCAGUGGCAUUGCAUCCAAAGCGCACGUGCUUUGCAGUUGCCGAAAAGUGCCAGGGGCGCCCCCCAAACAUCUAUGUGUACGAGUGGCCAUCCCUGGCCGUGGCCGCCGUGCUGCCGAGUGGCACAGACCACGCCUACACAGCGGCCGCUUUCGAUGCCGAGGGCGGGCUACUGGCGGCAGUAGGGGGAGCCCCCGACUACGCGCUGACGCUGUGGUCCUGGCGCGAUGCGUCUGUGGUGCUGCGCGCCAAGGCGUUCAGCCAGGAGGUGUACGGCGUCAGGUUCUCCCCCUUCGCCUCGGGACGCCUCGUAACCAGCGGCACGGGCCACAUCCGCUUCUGGCGCAUGGCGUCCACAUUCACAGGCCUCAAACUGCAGGGAGCCCUGGGCAAGUUUGGUGCGCUGGAGUUGAGCGACAUUGCGGCGUUUGUUGAGCUGCCAGACGGGAAGGUGCUGUCGGGCAGCGAGGGCGGGGCGCUGCUGCUGUGGGACGCCGGCAGCAUCAAGGCGCUAGUGGCGCGACCUGGCGGCGCGCCGUGCCACGGCGGUGCCGUUGAGGCGCUGGUCCACGACGAGGCCACAGACUACGUCCUCAGCGGCGGGGCGGACGGCGUGCUGCGGCUCUGGGAGAUGGGCCGCAUCGACACCGAGCCGCCAGAGGCGGCGGCACCAGGCGCCAGCAGCGGUGGUGGUGGCGGCGGCGGCGGCUCUGUCGGCGCGCCAGUAGUGGUGGUCAAGCCCAGCGCAGAGGUGGUGCUGCCGGCUGGCGUCCGCGUGCGCUGCCUGCUGUGGCUGGACCGCCGCACCUGGCUGGUGGCGGACGACGCCGGUGGGCUGCUGCGCGUGAGUGUGCCCCUCAACCUGCUGGACGCCGGCGCCUACGCCUGCACGCGCUUCUUCGACUGCCACGCGGGCUGCGUGGCCGGCGUGGCCGCGCUGCCUGGCUGCCACGUGGCAGUGACGGCUGGCGCCGACGGCAGCGUGCGUGCGGUCGAGUACACGAGUGGCGCGACCCUGCAGGCGCGGCGGUUCGGCUCGCCGGCCACUUGCAUGACGCCCCUGGUCGCCGAGGGCACGCGCUGCUGCCUCGCCAUUGGCUUUGGCGACGGCUCUGUGCGGCGCGUGCAGCGCUGCAGCGACGGCUGGCUGCUGCUGGGAGCGCAGCGGCCGCACAAGGCAUCUGUCGUGGCAGUGGCGGUGGCGCGCGGCGCCGCAUGUGCGGCGACCGUUGCGGCCGAUAGCACCGUGUACUUCUUCAGCAGCCCCAGCCCUGAGCAGUGGGACCCGCUUGGAUUUUACUGCCUGCCAGCGGCCAGCGGCACACCCACUUGCGCAGACUGGGCGCCCGGUGGCAAGCGCCUUGUUGUGGGCUGCAGCUCUGGCAUUGUUGUGGAGAUUACUGCGCCAGGCGUUGACAAUGACACCACCAGCUCCUACCAACUCCAGCUGCCAGUGCGCACCUGCACCAUCAAGCUGCCAAGGCGUUUGCCAAGCCUGCAGCAGAGCGCAGGCACAGCCGGAGGGGACGUGACCAGGGCCGACGGCACUGGCACUUCAGAGGGCAGCAGCAGCCAGCAAGUGGACAGUGGGCCAGCUGAUGCAGCGGACGGUCUGGUGGCUGCAGCAGCCACCAGCAGCCGGCUGGCAGACAUGGAGCAGGACUGCUGGGCCGGCGACAGCUUGCCUGCACCUCCCGUCACGUGGCUGCAAGUACCCAGUGCCGACGACGGCUGCUUCUGCUUCUGCUUGGGUGGCCGCGGCGCCGGCCGCGUGUGGAACUGCGGCUUUGACAGCCCCGUGCCCCGCUGCUGUGGUCCGUCCAUCGCUUCAGCCCCCACCACGAUCAUCACCACCAGCCAGUCGGGGCGCUUCAGAUUGCUGGGCUCGGUUGACGGCACGGUUCGGGUCGAGACUGCUGGCGGUGCCGCCGGGCUCCUUGGGGACAGCUGCUGGGAGUCGCGGCUGCAUGACAUGCAAACCGGCUCUGUCACCGGCUUGUCCAUGGCCUUUGACGACAGCGCACUCAUCAGUGCUGCGCGGGACGGCACGCUGAUGGUCACAAAUGUGAGCUCACUGGGCAAGUGCCGGCGCCAGCCCGGGCAGGAUGCCCCGCUCGCCACCGUGGCCGAAUCACGCAUCCCCCAGGCGCUCGAUUUGGCAGCCGGUGCCCCGACAUUUGAGGAGGGGAAGCAAGCGGCUGUUGCAGAUGCGUUGGCGGAGCAGGCUGCCCAGGCGCGGCAAGGGCUAAGGGGUGACUUUGAGGCGCUUCGGGAUGACUUUGUGGCGCUGCUGGAGGCCAACAGCUCGUGCCCACCAGGCCACCAGCUGCCACGUUCAGCCUUCGACAUUGACCCCGGCCUGUUGGCUCUAGCCGAGUCAGAGCGCAGCACCAAGCUCGAGGACGCGCAGGCCCAGGUGGCUUGGGACGCAGAGGUGGCGGCCAGCCUGCUGCAAAGGCUGCAAGUCUUCUUCUCAGCCCAGCUGGCCUCUACCAACUUCGUCCUGCGGCCCGUCAGCGAGCAGGGCCAACCCGUGGAGAGCCUGACGCUGCCUGCACUGCCGCCAGAGGUCCAGGCGGAAACCCAGUCAUCGUUGUCUCUGCUGCACGACUCUGAUGACACCUCCGAAUCAGCAACCGGCUGUGGCGGCAAGGCACGCAGCCUGCGCCAUGAGCGCAGCAAGCCGCAGCAGCAGGUGUCAAUCGACCACCGCGCCGCGGGCGUUGGCGGCAGGGUGGGCGGGGAGAGCAGCGUGGCUGCAGGGGCUGGCGGGCUGGACGCAUCACCGUCAGCUGCCAGCAAGGUCAACCUGCGGCGCGCCGCACGCAAGGAGCGCGAGGCGCAGUGGGCAGCGCUGAUGGCGUCAAAGCCAGAUGACGCUUUUGAGGCACCUGAGGACGUCGCAGCGUUGCAGGAGGCGGCUGCUACCAUUGGCGACCUGCGGCUGCGCAGCGCUCCUGACUAUGUCCCUGAUGAGGACCAGCGCAUGACGCCCCAGCGCAAGCGACAGCAGAUGGCGGUGCUGGCACGCCGCGCGGCUCGGGCGUGCACCGCCUUCAAUCGCGACCUGCUGGAUCUGCGAGAUGGCAAGCGCCGCCUGCUGCAGAGACUGGAGUCCCUGAGCGCACGGCUGAAGGCAAUUGAUGAGCAGCUGGGUGCUCCUGUCGCAGGCUCCACACCGACAAUGGCACCGGACGAGGAGCCAGAGGAGCGCCGCUCCAGCAUCAGCCUGCAGCAGCUUACUGAGCACAUCGCCAGGAAGCAGGCAAAGCAGCAGCGCAAGGAGGGUGUGCCCUCUGCAGGCGGCCUUGGUGGCUUUGCAGCGGCUGGGGCGAACAGCAAGGCCAGCCAAGGCGGCUCGGGCACCACCACCCAGGGCGCAGCCACUGCUGGCACCGUGCCGCUGCUGGCAUCGCCGUUGCCGCCCUCUGGGCUGGAGCAGGCCGAGGCGGCCGCAUUGCGGAUACGGCUGGAGGCCGAACGGCGGGAGCUGCAGCUCCAGAGUGACGAGCUGUGCUGCAGCUUUGAUGCUGCUCUCGCUCGUCUCAGGGGCCAGCGUCUCGAGCUGGCGUGCAGCCUCAGCUCCUUCCAAGCGCGGCAGUUGGUGCACUACCAGGAGCUGCAGCUUCUCAAGGAUUUUGAGACGCGCGAGCUGGUGCUGCUGGCAAAGUGCUCUGGCAAGGCGGCAGAGCGGGACGAGCUGCAGGGGAGGGUGGCUGAGCUUGGGCGCCAGCUGGACGCCAAGCGUGCCGAGGCUGAGAGCAUCGCGGCAGCGCGGGCGGCAGCGGUUGCGGAAUUCGAUUCCCUCAUCCCAGAGAGUCACGCUUUCCACGACCAGCUGGCCCACAUAUUCAACAAAAAGCUCAAGCGCUCCAGCAAGCGAGCAGGGGCGGCCAUGCGCGACGAUGCGAGCAGCGCGAGUGAUGAUGACGAUGACCUUGACGCCGCUGACGAGGACGGGGGUGACGACCUGGACGAUGAUGGCGAUGGUGGCGCUGAGGUGUGCCCUCCUGGCUGUGAACAGGGCCUCUACGACAAAGUGUGCGAGCUGCGCGAGCAGCGCCUGGACGAGGAGGAUGCUGGCGCUGACGUGGCCAAGCAGGCCGAGGGCGUCAGGAAGGAGCGCGAGGUGCUGGCCAAGAAGGGGCGCGUCAUCGAGCAGAGCCUUUCCGCCAUCAAUCAGGACAUGCUUGAGUUCCAAAAGGAGAAGCAGGCGCGCCUGAACGAAGUGCCGGUAGAGGUGGCACUGCGCGCACAUCAAGUGCAAUACCUUGACGAGCAGCGGCCGCCGCUGGACGGCUCGCUCGCUGACGCCCUGGUGAUACCUCAGACCAGCCUCGCCACGCUGAGCUUGCGCAUUCAGGGCCUUGAGGACGAGAAGGGCGCCCUGCGAUUGGCACAGAAGGACCUUCGGCGCAAGCAUGUGCAGCUGGCAGAGGAGCGGGCAGCGAAGGAUGAGCACGUGCUGGAACAGAGGGCGCGGUGCCGCGACGUGCAAAUGCUCAAGUUUGGUCAGGAGAUCGACAUCGCGCUGCUGGACACAAUCGGCGCACGAAAUCGCGCAGCAGAUGAGCUCAGGCGGGCCUUGAAGGAACAGGAGGGCGUGCAUGCUCAACAGCUGUUAGAGCUGGAGAUGCAAGCGGCGGCGCGUGGGCAGGAGCUGUUGGUUCUCACCCGUGACAAUACAGCGGCUCUCAACACAGUCAGUGAGCUGACAAGAAGCCAGCGCGGGUUGGAGGCGGAGGUCCUGUCUCACAAGGCGGGUCUCUUUGACGACCAACUUGAGACGCGGCGUGCGGCAGUAGCGGAGCGAGAUGCGCUUGUGACUACGGUGACAAGCAACGCCAAUGAGCUGCAGCAGCUGCAGUCUGCAAAGAACGCGCUCAAGCACAAAGCAACGCUGCUGUACACCUGA